AGAGGUGGUGGGGGUAAAGGGACUUAAUGUUGAGGCUAACAGUCUGGUCAUGAUUCAUCUCGGAAAGUAACUCAUGCUGCUAAGGAGCCGGAAGAGGCCCUUGAGUGCUGGGUGUUUGUAACAUAGCAACUGGUGGACGCUAGCAUUCUGCGGGCGUGCAUACUUCACCCGGCAAGUGGUGGAAUAAAUCGAAGGGACAUGACGGAAAUAAGUAAACGCAUAAACAAGAACAUGCCGCUCUCUGCCUUAUCUGGCUUCAGUUUCAUUCCAGAGAGAAGGGACCACAACGAGCUAACUUACUUCGGUAACCAGAAGAAGGAAGUAUCCGUGCUGCUUUAUGAUCAGGUUUUUAAAGUUCAGGAAGGGUACAAUAAUAAGACUCAUCGUGAUGAUCGUGAACAUAGCCACAACCAAGGUCUUAAUGUCAAUGAUGAGGAAAGAGCUCGAACAGUUCCAGUCUUGUCGUCAUCCUUCUACGGUAAACGCCCUGCACUUGAAUCACCAAAUCGAACUUUUGUCAGAAUUGCCCGAGUCCAAACAGAGUUUUACAGAAGGAAUGGUAUUGCUAAUUAUUUGGAAGAGGAUCAGCAUUGAAAGACCAGUAAAAUCAGACUCUUAUGGACUCAUUUUUUCUGUAAUUUUAAUAUUGUUUUUAAAAUAUAGAUUUUUAAAAUAAAAAAAUACAUUCUUGAUUAAGAAUUGAAAAUCGUUCAAGCUUAAAAAAUCGGAAUUUGUAGACACUGGCUUUUUUUUUUUGAAACACAUUUUUCCAUUUCUUCACACAUGGGUGGUCAUCCAUGUACCUUAUCUGCAGCCAAUUGAGUCCCCUUGGAGCUUCCAUGACAAGCUCCCUCCAUCCCUAUUGCAUUUUCUACUUUCCCUCCAACACCCCUGGAUCCCCCAGGCAGAAGACGUGAGACAUGGGUGUCAUUGGCUGAGUCAGCACUAACUAGCUAUUCCAUAUCUUUGAGCAUUGUGUAAGGUGUAGGGGAGACUUCAUCUGAAAUAAUAUCUACAAUACUGGACACUGUACAACAGGAAGGGUGUUAAAUGUAAAUCUUGCAGUUCAGAGAAGCUUUUUUUUUUAAAAAAGUGGCAGUCCACUACUUUUCCUGAUAUCAAUAAAAUAGCUGUUCCCAGGCCUGGAUCACCUUACAUUUCUUGACAAAGUCAGGGCCCAUGCCGUAGACUCCUUUUGCUUUUUGGAACUCUGGUUGGCUGUUAUAUCAGUAAUUAUCUCCGUACUGUCAGUGAUCUCCUGGAUUUGGGAAAAUCCAUCACAGGCAAAGAGGAGAUUUGAGCUUUGCUGCCAGCAAUGGCAUAUCUGUUUCAAACUGUAUGUGGCUCUCUGCUGUUGUUGACAGCCGCACUCUAACGUGUUUCCCAAUUCUCCAUUUCUCCCAUGCCUCUUGAUAUAAAGCAGCAAACGACUGCACCAAACCCUGUUGUUGACCUCCUCUUUUAAUUGCUGGUUCUCCCUUCCCACUGUUCUUUUGAAAAUGGCAGUGAUACCAUCCAAGAUUGUGAUUUUUUUUUUCUUCUAAAUCAUGGGUGAUUUGAAGAGCCAAAAAAUAGAAUCCUAGUGACUCAUGGGUUGGCUGGAUGAUAGUCAUCCUCAUUCACUUCAUAACUGAAGACAAAUAAAUUUAUUUCCUCCUCGUC